UGAUGUUUCUUAAUGUCCUAUGAUAUCAUAUAAAUAUAUCCGUUUGUUCUAAUUGAACUAACUAUAUUACAUUUUAGGCAUCUCAAAAUGCAAGACAUAAUUAAACAUUAACAAGAAAAAAGUAAAAAAGAGAAGUAGCUGUCAAAGUUACCAAUGACAUCCAGCUGUCAAAAUAUUCAGUAAGGUUUGCCAUUUCAUCAUGCAUCGUUUCACGCUUGCCGAACGUGCGGAAAUUAUUAAAAAAUAUUAUCGAAAUUCCGGCUCAGUUGUAAAAACGCAACGUGAAUUUCGUCGUGAGGUCGGUCGUCAUCAUGGUUUCAGUGUGCAGGCAAUUCGUCGCACCGUGGAAAAGUUUGAGCAUGAGUACACCCUUUUGAACCUUAAGCCACCAACCAGACAGAGAUUAGUGCGAAAUGAAGAAAACAUAGCCGCCGUAGCGGCCAGUAUCGAAGAAGACCCAGACAUGUCGAUUCGGCGCAGAUCAGCUGAAUUGGGCAUCGCCAGAGAGUCAACCCGACUUAUUUUGCGGUUGGAUUUGGGCCUACAUCCGUAUAAGAUUGUGCUGACGCAAGAAUUGAAGCCGGACGACCAUAGACAACGCCGUGAGUUCGCUAAUUGGGCGCUGGAAAUGUUGGCCGGAGAUCCGGAUUUUGGCCAAAAAAAUCAUCUUCUCAGACGAGGCCCAUUUUUGGCUCAGCGGCUAUGUCAACAAGCAAAAUUGCCGUUAUUGGAGCGAACACAAUCCACAAGUGUUCGACCAAGCAUCAAUGCAUCCACAAAGAUUGACUGUUUGGUGCGGUUUAUGGCAUGGCGGCAUCAUCGGACCUUAUUUCUUUCGAAAUGAGGAAGGAGACACCGUUACCGUCAAUGGUCUCAAGUAUAGAGCGAUGUUAACCGACUUUCUGUGGCCAGAGCUCGACAACAUCGAUAUAUCCGAGCUGUGGUUCCAACAAGACGACGCUAUGCCAUGCCAUACAAGCGACGCAACGCUCGAAGUUGUGAAGGAGAAAUUUGGCGACUGGAUCAUCUCACGGCGAGCGUUCAUCAAUUGGCCGCCGCGAUCAUGCGACUUGACACCACUCGAUUAUUUUCUCUGGGGCUACGUCAAGUCCUUAGUCUACGCUAACAAGCCAACCACUUUGGACGAGCUCGAGGCCAACAUUCGAGACGCUAUUGCCGGAAUAACGCCGCACAUAUUGGACCGAGUCAUCAAAAAUUGGACCGACUGCUUGAAGCACUGCCAGCGAAGCCGAGGCGGCCAUUUGAAUGAUGUGCUAUUCCACACAUAAUGACAUGAAUGUAGCUUCAAAAUAGAGCCAGAAUCUAUUUUAUAUCUCACACCGUUGUUGUUUUAUUUAAAUUUUUUUCCUAUCGUUCUUAUCUGGUUUAUUAUUGGUUCGAACUUGGGUGAACAUGCCAAGGACAUAUGAAGGUCAACUUUUGUUUUAAAUGAAACCUACUUUUCAUUAGACAUUCUUGUAACUUAUCUUAAGAGCUCUCUCCCCCC